AUGGCUUCUUCUUACACAGUUUUACUCUUACUCUGCCUAUCCAUCUUCCUCAUCGCUUCCACUGAGGUGGUGAUGGUGGAAGGAAGAGUUUGCCAGAGGCGAAGCAAGACAUGGACAGGGUUUUGUGGCAACACUCGCGGCUGUGACAGUCAGUGUAAGAAUUGGGAACGUGCUUCACAUGGUGCUUGUCACGCUCAGUUCCCGGGGUUCGCAUGUUUUUGUUACUUCAAUUGCUGAAGCAAGCAAGAGAGUUCUCUGAAUCUUGUCGAGUGUCACGGUGUUGUCUUCGUUUGUUAUGUUGCAAAUCUUAGUCAUUAUGACAAAACCAUAACCUUCAGCUUGGGUUUGAAUAAAAUCCCGUUUGUGCUUGGGACUAUAUGUCUAGUGAAGUUGUGAGAAAAUCUAUAAUAAGAGGCUGUCUCGCAGGUGGAAUAACU